AAACCCAAUCAUCAUUUAAGAAUUUUGACCACGACAAUUCCACCCCUGUGCACUCUUAAUUGUGAAAUCAGUGAGUUAAAUCUUGUUUGAAAGGAUUAUUUCUUUGAAAGUUGUUCUAAUUUAGUAUCCUACAUUAUGGAAGUUAUAAAUUAUUAAAGGAAUAUUCCCCUUAAAUCGGAGCCGUCCGAUCAGAAUACAUACCGAGGAACAAGCUUGGACAUGCAACAAGAUCAUAAUGUCGCCAACGUAGGCGUUGGUUUUUUUUGCGGUUAAAACAUUCCAACCGAAUUCCCCGCGAAGCAAACCGAAUUGUUUGUCUUCUCCCCUCAGGACAGAGAAACAGGAGAGAGAGAGAGAGAGAGAGAGAGAGAGAGAGAGAGACAUUAAUCUCUUCAUCUUCUUCUUCUCUCUCUGUUACAGAUUCAGCCUCUUAUUCCCUUGUUGGGUCCAAAACUGGUUGCAGCUUUUCGGAAUUUGCUUGGAUAAAUACCUUAGAGAGCCUGUGGUGUGUGGCUCACUGAAUCUACUUCUUGGAACUUCUUUGCCUGACAGUUGAACUAUGUUGUGCUGCGGAGGCGGUGAAGAGGAAAACGACGGACCACCUGUGAGCCAAUACACGGCCCCGGCUAGAGGGGGGAAUCUUUAUGGUGGUGGGAGUGGAAGAGGAGAGCCAAGGAGUAACGCUGCUGUACGAAGUGGAGCUCCUCAGAAAGUUUUACCUAUAGAGACGCCGGCUUUCUCAUUGGAUGAGCUAAACAGAUUAACCGGUAACUUUGGCUCAAAAGCUUUGAUUGGAGAAGGUUCAUACGGGCGCGUAUUUUUUGCCACGUUAAGCGAUGGCCAGCAGGCUGCCAUAAAGAAGCUGGAUACAAGUUCUUCACCGGAUCCGGAGGAUGAUUUUGCCAGUCAGCUAUCGGUAGUGUCAAGACUUAAGCAUGAGCAUUUUGCCGAGUUGAUGGGCUAUUGCUUGGAGGCAAAUAACAGAAUCUUGGUGUAUCAAUUUGCAACGAUGGGCUCUUUACAUGACGUAUUACAUGGGAGGAAAGGUGUACAAGGGGCUGAACCAGGUCCAGUUCUUACUUGGAAUCAAAGAGUUAAAGUUGCAUAUGGUGCAGCAAAAGGCUUAGAGUAUCUACACGAAAAGGUUCAGCCUCCUAUUUGUCAUCGCGACAUCAGAUCGAGCAAUGUCCUAGUUUUUGAUGAUUUUUUGUCCAAAAUAGCCGAUUUCAACUUGACAAAUCAGUCCUCCGACACAGCAGCUCGAUUGCACUCAACAAGGGUCUUGGGGACUUUUGGCUAUCAUGCUCCUGAGUACGCAAUGACAGGGCAGAUAACUCAAAAGAGUGAUGUUUACAGUUUCGGGGUUGUUCUUCUAGAGCUGUUAACAGGGAGGAAGCCGGUAGACCAUACAAUGCCCAAAGGGCAGCAAAGUCUUGUUACUUGGGCAACUCCAAGACUGAGCGAGGAUAAAGUGAAGCAAUGCGUGGAUCCCAAGCUAAACAACGAUUAUCCACCCAAAGCUAUUGCCAAGAUGGCAGCUGUUGCAGCACUUUGUGUUCAAUAUGAAGCAGACUUCCGGCCGAAUAUGACAAUCGUCGUCAAGGCUCUUCAGCCCCUUCUUAACUCAAAACCAGCAGGAGGCCCGGACUCUCAUGCUUAGCAUAUACAUAUGAACUUGCAAAGUAGUAGGAUCAGACUUGUGUAUUCUUGACGGUACUCUUCUCUAUUCGAGAGUCUUCAGUCGUUCUACAUUCUGCUUGAAAUUUUGUAUUUCAACAUAGGCAAACGUUCCCUUAGUCGCGUUGCGAGAUACAAUGCAAUUAUGAAGAUAUCAGAUAAAGAAGAGGAAUUAUGUCAAAAAAAUAUG